AUGGCAGCUCCAAGAAAGAAGACCCAAAGAAAGAAGAAGGACCCAAAUGCUCCAAAGAGAGCAUUGAGUGCCUACAUGUUCUUCGCUAACGAGAACAGAGACAUUGUUCGUGCAGAGAACCCAGGUAUCACAUUUGGUCAAGUGGGUAGAAUUCUUGGUGAGAAGUGGAAGGCUCUGUCUGAGGACGAGAAGGCUCCAUACGAGGCUAAGGCUGAAGCUGACAAGAAGAGAUACGAAUCUGAAAAGGAGUUGUACAUUGCCACCAAGGCUCAAUCCGAGUAA